UGCCACCAAAAAAGACGUUACCUUCUUCAGUGGUUAGAGUUGGCCCACCAAAUACAAUUCUGUUGUGGGAAUACUUGUGAGUUUUCCCUCAUCGCUCAGUAAUACCUCAUUGCCAUUGCUACUAUAUAAAUCACACCACCGCCAUAACCACAGCCAUCCCAUUCCAGCUGUGUACUCGUCUUCUUUCUUCUUUGUUGGGCUAUUUCAGUUCAAUACCCCUAACCAUGUCUUCCCAGACCGUUGUCCUCAAAGUUGGAAUGUCGUGCCAAGGUUGUGUUGGGGCGGUGAAUAGGGUUUUAGGGAAAAUGGAAGGUGUUGAAUCAUUUGACAUAAAUUUGAAGGAACAGAAGGUGACAGUGAAAGGAAAUGUAGAACCAGAGGCAGUUCUGCAGACUGUCGCCAAAACUGGGAAGAAGACAGCCUUCUGGGAGAAUGAAGCGCCGGCAUUGCCCACCCAGCCAGAAAACAAGCUUUCAGAAAAUGCAACUGCUGCUGCUUCAACUGAAGUUGAAAUCAAGCCUUCUGAAACUUCUGCCAUUGCCUCAGCUGAGCCUGAAAACAAGGCUUCAGAAACUGCAACUGUUGCCUAAUUCAUUUAUGAGACUAUUUUCUAUGUUAAUAUAGGCCAAUUUGAAAUACAAUUUGAUGAACUUGCAAUAACAUUGCGUGUCUUCUGAUAUGUUUCUUGUGCUGUUACUGCUACCUAUGCUAGAAUAACUCAUGGCCUAGUUUUUCACGUAUAUGAUACUUUUCAAGUGUGUUAUAAUUUAGAAUUUGAUUUCUCUC